UCCAAAUUAUUUUGUUAUUGCACAAUCGACAAGUGAUCAACAACAGCAGCAACAUGUUAUGAGUUUUAUAUCAACGACAACAACGUCUUCUUCAACGCCAUCCACAUCGUUAUCAUCAGAAUCGCUAGCGUUGACAUCUGCAGGACCAUUAGUUACACAAUUACCUGGUGGUAUUAUUAAAGAUGGACAACAUAUUAUUACAAAAUCAAAAAGUCCGUAUUUAAUACGGGAGGAUUUAAUUAUUGAACGUGAUGCUGAAUUAGUGAUUGAACCAGGUGUUGAAAUACGUUUUGGAUCUAUGGUUGGGAUUACUGUACGCGGUCGACUUAAUGCCAUGGGUACAUCAAACGAACAUAUAACAUUAACGAGUAAUCAAACACCUGACGAAAAUACAGUAAAGUCUUCAAUACCAGAUAUCCGAUUGGUGGAUGGACCAAGUAUUUUAGCAGGACGUGUUCAAAUAAAAUACAAAGGUGCUUGGCGUUCAGUAUGUACAAACUCCAGAAACUGGACACGAGUCGAUAUGGAAAUAGCAUGUCGUCAACUUGGUUUUCAAGGUGGUGCAUUUUAUAAUUGGAUUGAUCGUCAAAUGCCAACAAAACCUCGGCUUUUAUACGAAGAUCCGCAAUGUUCGGGUUCAGAGAGUUCACUAUUCGAUUGUAGGUGGAAUUCAAGACAAUUGGGUUCGGGUGUUUGUGAUUAUCAUCCAGAUUUAGGUAUUUCAUGUUUACCACGGCAUGAAAAUACACUGAAAAUAACAAACUAUUGGCGUGGUUUACGUUUUGAAAAUGCAAAAUAUGACAAUUUUUUAAGUUUAUCAAAUACUUUAUACGUACCUACUUCCCAAUCUACUUUACAGUAUGUCGAUAUACUUUACGCUGGAUCCGGACGUAAUUAUAACGCUACCAGUGCCUUACAUGUCCAAGGUGUUACACCUCAAUUGGAAAAUAUACAAAUUUUAAACUCAGCUUAUAAUGGAAUUAAUAUCACGAAUCCCGAUAGCCAAUUUAUGAUUAAAAAUUGUACGAUUCGAAAUAAUCGGGGCUAUGGAAUUUUUGUAAAUUCAUCGUAUGGUCUGGGAAAUAUCGAUGGUUGUUUUAUAAAUGAAAAUGGUGCUGAUGGAAUUAAAUAUGUUAACAACGAAGAAAAUCCCGAAGAAAAAUUCGAUAAGAAAGAAUAUUCAGAUUUCUGUACAAUCCCAACAACAGUUAGUCAAACUUAUCCAAUUUUUUUAUAUGCGGAACAAGGAAAAUACUCCUCUCAAGAUAAAGAUUGUAUGAAAAAUUUCUAUGGUCCUUACGGUCAAGUAUUAACGCUACGUAUUGUAAAAAUCGUUACAAAUCGUAAUCAUAGUGGAUUUAUUGAAAUAUUCGAUGGAAUAUCAAGUAACGAAAACCUAUUAGCACGAUUUAGUAUUCGAAAUAAUACGCGAAUACAAUCAAUUACAACAACUAAAAAUCGCUUGUAUAUGCGAUUUUAUUCGGAAAGUCACACUCAUACAAAUGUUUACAUGAAAUUAACAUCAGAUUAUUCGAAAGCAUACGAUUUAAAUGUUAGUUCAACGACGGUGGCCGAUAAUAACGGACGUGGCAUCGCUAUUGAAAAUUUGAAAUCACGUGUUCAUAUUCAUAAAAGUUCUAUAUCGAAUAAUAAUCAUGUUGCCGGAGUACAUAUUGUGAGUGGAGUGGGAGAUGUUAAUGUUACAGAAAGUCGAAUUGCAUUUAACGAUGGUGAUGGAAUAAAUAUUACCUACACUGGAGGUAACCGUAACAUAUCGAAAACUUCCCUAAGUUCAAAUAAAGGAUACGGAAUUGCUGUUUGGUUGAAUAACACUGAGGAAACGGAAUAUAUAUUUUUUAAUCAAACAACGGUGGUACAAUAUUCAGAAAUCUUUAAAAAUUUGGAUACGGGAAUCUUACAUGGAAAUUUUUGUGGAUAUUCGUAUGUGAAUAUUACUGGAAAUUUGUUUACCGAUGCAAAAACUGCAUUUGAAUUUUUAUCCUGUUGGAAAUUAACCAAUGAAACGACGAAAUUAUUUAUUGGAUACAAUCGAUUUUUAUCAACACAAAAAUUAGGUAUCAAAAUCAAACCAGCGUUAAAUUUGGAUGGACGAAUCGAAUACAACCAUUUUCGCAACAACCAAUAUGGUGGAAUAUUAAUUAAAAAUCAACUUUUUGAAGAAUUUAAUAUUCAUAAAACAAAUAUUUUAGUUCAUUAUAAUGAAUUUUAUAAUAACCGGGGAGUAUUUGUCGUGAACUUAGGACUAUCACCAUAUUCAAAUUAUCAAAAAUUAUUGUUCACCAAGAAUUUUGUACGUGAAAAUCGUAUACAAGAACCGUACGAUGUUGAAGAUGGUAUUGCAACACGAUUAAUGCCACGCAGCAGGGUUGCUGCCCCAGUUGUUGUUUCUUCAGCAAAUGUUGAUAUUUUUAGAAAUAUUUUAAACAACGUGGAUUCAAAAUACGAAAUUGGAAGUCAUUUAGAAGACCAAAGUAAAAUAAUUAACUGUACUUACAAUUGGUUAUCCUCAGGCGACGAAGCAAAAAUAUUCUCAAGAGUUUUCGAUCGUAAAGAUCGUUAUAAUUUAGCGAAAAUUCAAUACUUACCAUAUUUAUUACACAAUUCAAAUCCAAGCGCGACAGCAACAAUUAAUCAUCAAAUGUAUGUUCCACAAUUUAGUAUGCAUAAUUCAAAAUUAGUUGGAGGCAUUGUUGAUGGUUUGGAAGUGUUAACAGCUGGUGAAUAUGUUGUUGAACGAGAUAUUAACAUCCGACCUGGUGGAAAACUGAUUAUUGAAGCUGGUGUUACGUUGAAUUUCCCACCAUCAAUUGGUAUGAUGAUUGGAGGGAAAAUUGAUGCUCGAGGACGCUUUCCAAAUGACAUUAAGUUUACGCUGAAAGAGGAAUUAAUACCUGUCCCAGAAAAUGAUACGUAUGAAAUCGAUAUGACCGAACAUUAUGAAUCUGAAACAGAACUCAUUGAAAUUGAACCAAAAGUACCGAUACGUUUAUUAGGUGGGAAAACAGCACAUGAAGGACGCUUACAAAUUAAAAUUAACAAUAUUUGGGGAACUGUUUGCAAUUAUAAAUGGACAAUUAAAAACGCUGCUUUAGUUUGCCAUCAAUUAGGAUUAGUACUGAAUCCAGACGAUUGGUAUUUAGAAAGAAGUGAAAUACCUCCCGCAGGUUUGACAGAACCUGUCAUUGUAUCAAAUAUUGAAUGUGACGAUGAAGAUAUUGAUAUAACAAAAUGUAAAGCUGAGAUGGAUUUCGAAAAAUCUUGUACACAUGAACAAGAUGUUGGAAUUCGAUGCUAUGAUAGUUCCUGGGCAGGUUUACGAUUUAGUGCCAUAGCAGAUCGAUCUGAUUUACAAUAUAUUACAAUUGAAAAAGCUGGACUUUUAGAUUACGCCACAAAUUCAUUCAAACCAGCCUUACAAAUAGAUUUUGCUAAACAUAGUUUAGAAAGUUUACUUGUUAAAGAAAAUUUCCAAGAUGGUAUUGGAAUUAUUUACUCGGAUAUUUAUUCAGCAGAUGCAAUAAACGUUAUAAAAAAUUCACACAUAAUCAAUAAUCGAGGAAAUGGUAUUAGUUUUAGACAAUUAGGAAUGAAAAUUCAAGGAUCCACAAUAGAAAAUAAUGCUCGAGCUGGUAUAAAUUAUAAUCCUACGAUUUCUGCAAUCCAACAACGUGAAAUUGCUGGAUGGUUUAACGAACACGUUGAUGAUUCGAAUUAUAAAGCUACGUUAAUUCCACAAGCAUUACCAAAUUUAGAUUUAGAUAUUGGAGAAACAAAAUUCUUGUUAACAUCUCGCGUUAUCAAUCAAGAUGUUAUAACCAGAGAAUAUAUUGUUCGAUGUCGACCGGGUUUUGUGAUUGGGAUUCAAUUAUUAAAUCCAAUACAAAAUUUGAGCACUGAAGUUAUAAAUAUUUAUGACGCUCAAAAUAUGAAUUCAGCAACAAAUAUUUGGUCAUUGAGACGAGAUUUAAAUGUUUUUCCAACAUCGUCAUCAGGUUAUGGAAUUGUUAUUGAAUAUAUCAGUGGGAAUAAUGCUUUAGGAGGUGUUGUUUUAGUAUUAACCACAAUUCCAGCUCCGGUACAAAAUAUUCGUAACCGCAUAGUAAAAGGGCCAAUCCCUACGUUAAUCAUCACGAACAGUAAAAUCAAGUCAAAUCAAAAUGGAGUAACUGCAUCGUUUUAUAAUCGAUAUAAUAACGAAUUAGGUGAUCAUUACUUACGUAAAGCGAACGAAACAAUUAAAAUAAUUAGCUGUGAGAUAUCACAUAAUCAAAACGAAGCAAUCUUUUUCUAUUCACCAUUCUGGGAUAUUCAUGAAAGUAAUAUUUCUGAAGUACGAUUAAUGAUCAAUGGUUCAUUGAUCACUGAUAAUGGUAAAGGUAUUUAUCACUUUUCAAGAGAUAUGCGUAGUGCUAACAAUCUAUUCCAUUAUGUUUUACAAGAUAACAGUAUUGAACGUAAUGAAGUCGGUGGUUUUGAAAUUAAUUUACCAUAUGUUUGGCAAUAUAAUGAGAAUUUUACGCACUCGGUGUAUUUAAAUAAUAAUACAUGGCGAAAUAAUAAAAAUUUCGAAAUGAUAAUUGAUGGACAUUUUGCGCUAUUAAAUAUGACGAAAAAUAUUUUUACUGAUAAUGUUUGUAAAGAUGGUUUAAUUUCAAUUCGUGGCAUGGAGAAAAAAUUAAAAAUUGAUUUAAAUACGAUCAGAAAUAAUGUUGGAAAACAUAUGGUAGCAUUUAAUGCUGAUUCACAAUCAGAAAUUUUAGGAGAUGUUUACGCAUUUUUCUUAUUAAACGAAAUUAAACAAAAUUCUUAUAAUAACGACGCGAAACGCUUGUUUAAUUCGAAUCAAAAUUAUCAACGGAGUAGUGUUUUAGUUUUUGAUGGAAUUCAAAAAGUAAAAGUACUACGAAAUUUAUUAGCAUCGAAUCGUUUAGAUUACGAUUUAAUAGCUGGAAUUCGUACGGCAAGAGUGAAUAAUAUAUUAGAUGUACGAGAAAAUUGGUGGGGAUCAAGUUCAAUUAAAGAUAUUAAACGUAGAAUAUUUGAUUUUGACGAUUGGAAUGAUCACGCAGUUGCAGAAUUCCAACCAUAUUUACUAGAAGAUUCGUUUGAAUCGAGUAUAUCAAUAUCGUGGGAUACCGAAAUUCAAAGCGAUUUUGAUAACUUAGGAGGUCGAUUAAGUACGGAUUUGGCGUUGUAUCCACGAAAUACUCCAUAUAUUAUUCAAUCUGAUUUAACAAUAAUGCCUGGUGCAACGCUGACAAUUGCACCUGGAGUUGUAUUAGAAUUUGCUGCAAAUGUAGGAAUUUUAGUGUUAGGAACACUUAAAGCCCAAGGAUUACGUGGAUAUGAAAUACAAAUGCGACCUUUAUCUAAAUCCGAAAAUAUAGAAGAUAAUAGAAUUAUUCGAAAACGAGCCGUAGAUGACUCUCGAAUUGGUUUAGAAACGUUAACAUUAUCGGAGAAUAUAAGAUUAUGUACCGGAAGAAAUUGUUCAGACUAUGAUUACCGUGAUAAAAUCAAUGAAGGUUUCUUGGAAUAUUAUAAUUCUACAACUCUCCAAUGGAUACCAAUUUGUGAUAGUCGUUUCACAGAACGUAACGCUCAAGUCGUAUGCCGACAAUUAGGUUUUGAUCCAAUAAAUGUAUUCUUCGAUCAUGAUAUACGUAUCGAAUUCCAUUCGAAUUCGCUUACAAGAAUUUGGUCAUGGCCUGAACCACUACAAUGUAAAGGUACAGAAGAGAAUUAUGAAGAAUGUCCUAUACGACUUAACGGGCAACUAUACGGCCAUCGUCACGAAUGUAAUUGGAAUUCAAAAUUUGUAUUUAUUAAUUGUGGUGAUCGAAAUCUAGAGAAGAAAUUCGAUUAUUGGGGUGGUAUACGAAUAUCGGGUGGUGAAUUCGAGCAACGUUUAUACGAGCAUCGAAUCCAUGACAUUCAUACGCAUGAGACAAUGCAUCGAACUGAAUCUGUUAUUGAAUUUGUGAAUAUUGUGGGAGCGGGAAUGUUACAUAACGAAAAAUCCCCAGCUAUUCAAAGUAUUGUUAAAAGUCCUUUAAUUAAUUUCGUAAAUAUUUCAAAAUGUGCGUCCGAUGGAAUUAAUUUAAUUUCACCACCUGAGACAAUGCGUCUUUUACAUAAUAAUGUACGCAAAACAUUGGGAGUUGGUGUAAAUAUAUUAUCGUUAACUGGUGAAGGUCGUGAAGAAAACGAAUCGAGUUUCAAUCCAUUAAAGGAUAUUAAAUUACCAUAUAAUGUAUUCAGUUUAAUCGAUAUUUGUGAUACGUCGAAAGAAAUCUUUCUAGAAGAACGCGUUUUAAUUUAUUAUAAAUACGAUAAUCAUCCAGUGAAUUGUGUCAAAAUAUUCAAAAGUGCGUAUAACUUAAAACCAUUUGGUUUUCGAUUAUUGCAAUAUAAUUUAUUCAAGUCACAAAGUAAACAAUCAAAACCAGAUCGAAUACAAUUGUAUGAUGGGGAUAUUUAUAAUUCUUCGUUAAGUUCAUUGGAAUCAAUUAUUGUUGGACCUGGUGAUGGAAAGAAAUUCUUUAAAACGAAAAGUCCACGAUUAAGUGUGAAAUUAUUUGCUAAUGGUGCUUCUGCUAAUCAUGGAUUUAUUGCUGAAGUUGUUACGUUACCUAUUUCUGCAAUUGGAUUUAAUCGGGAUGUUCAACAUAAUAUUUCACAUUCAGAAAUAACACAUAAUCGUCAAGGUGCUAUAAUUUAUUCAGCAGUCGGUGAAGUAAAUCCAAUUAUAACAAUGGAAAAGAAUCAUUUCAGCUUUAAUUGUGAUAAAUUGUAUGGAAAUUUUACGACAUGUAAAGCAGCUGUGGAUAUGGAUAUACAAAAUACACAAACAUUAUUUUUCAGAGAUAAUUUAUUAAAAGAAAAUCAAGGUGGUUUAUCAAUAAAAGCUGAUUCACGUGGCUCUGCUACAUCGUUAAAAGGGUGGAUUCAUAAUAAUUUAUUUGUACGAAAUCGUAAUUUACCAAGUUUAUAUGUUGAAGGACGCCAAUCGUCCCCAUAUCAAGAUGUAACAAUUUAUAGGAAUUAUUUCUCAAAAAAUCAUGCUCCAUAUGAAAAUAUAAUUGUAUUAAAACAAGUUGUAUCGAAUUUCUCAACAAAUUAUGUUCAUGACAAUUAUGGUGCUCAUAUCUUAGAAGUAUCUGGUUUUGAUAAAGUACGCUUACCAAUUUAUCAAACAACAUCGCAUAAUGGUUUUUACAGAAAUUUAGCCGUCGAAAGAGAUAGUAGAAGUACAAUAAUUGCAGGAACGGCUGGUCAACAUUAUGUUGAUAAUAUUUUCUUUAAUCCAGAUAAUGACUAUGAAAUGGUUACAGUAAAUCGAUCAAUCACUGUAGACUUGUGGAAAACAAAAAUAGAUGCAGCACAUAAUUAUUGGGGAUAUAAUGAUUCAUUAGCAGUUAGUGGCAGAAUUAAAGAUAUCAUCGACGAUUCAAAUCUUUUAGAAGUCUCUUACGAACCGUAUUAUAUGAAUAAUCAGACUAUUUUGAAUGGAAAAUGUCCACCUGGAUGGGGUUUAGUAAGUGAUACUUGUUACAUGUUUAUCGCAGCACCUAUGACUUUUGAAGAAGCUAGAGAUUUUUGUCUUUCGGACAACGCAUCAAUGCCUUAUAUAAUGGGAAAUUAUAUUGGACUUUAUCAAUUUUUACGAAGCCAAAGUCAAUGGUAUCAAUAUUCUGAUCGAGUUUGGGUACAACAUAUUGAUCGAAUUAAUAAAUGUACUGCAUUUACAGCAACAACAAUUGAAAUUGAUGAUUGUGAUCAUAAGAAUCCUUUUAUCUGUGAAAUAGAUCCAAAAAUUCUAAUUGAUCCACUAUCGUGGCGCGGUGAUACCAUUGCAAUUGCAGUGUUAGGCUCUCUAGCGGCAACAUUAUUACUUAUUGCUGGCGCUAUAGCGUGUUGGUGUAGUAAAAAUAGACAUCGUCAAAUACAACGAUUAGAGCGACGAAAUAGUAUACGACAAAGUUUACAUUCAUUACGUUCAGUUGGUUCGAGUCAUGGAUUCACAGAUUUGGGAUAUCGACGUGGAAAACCAACGACAAUGAGCACAAGAUCAACAGAUACACUGACAACAAAACAUUCUGAUUACAAGAAAAUGGUUAAUAAUGGAUCCAUCGAUAGUAUGGAUAAAUCCGCAUUUAAUUCAUCGAUUGAAGAUAAUCAAUCUUAUGAUAUAUAUGAGGCACAUAAUCCAAAUGCCCAAGGAUUUUCAAAUUUUACAAACGGUAAUGGAUACGCAAAAACAAAUAAAAACGUUACAAAUCCAUACGCUUCGACGCCCGUAAAUUCAUUUGAUUUAGCAUAUAAAAAUGAAGGUUUUCGAGAUAACUCAACAUUUGCAAGUAGAGCGAAUUCAAAUUAUCAAUCUACUAACGAAUACUAUAACACGGAUACGUUACCAUUGAAUAGUACACUGGGUCAAUCGGAUUCAACUUUAGAUUUAAAACGUGAAAUACUCGAAAGUUCACCAUUAGAUUCGGAAUAUGUGUAUACACCAGAUAGUCCGAAAUUAAACUUUUUACAAGAGUUAAAAUCAAAAAUGCCUUCGUAUAAUAACGAAGAGAAUUAUCCGAUGAAACCAACAUCGUUUGGACAAAAAUAUAUUGAUUUACCUCCAAAACCACCAACUCCUACAUAUGAUGAAAGUGGUUUACCAUAUUCACCGAAUUAUGAUGAAAAAAUAGAAAAUUUACAAUUUUCACCAGAUAAUUAUCCAUACGAUCUACCAUCGUAUUAUCAACCAGAUCGGCCAAAAUCUAGUGCUGAAUUAUUAGAGACUGAUUUAGACAGUAAUAUUCCAAUACAUAAAAAUAAAUCAAAAAGUGAAGCUUUAUUAGAAACAAAUUUUGAUUUAACAUCGAGUGAAAGUAGUCCCGUUAUGAAUUUACCAAUUUCGGAAGCAAAUCGUAGUCAAAGUCAACCGUUAGAGACUGCUAUGUAAAUACAUAAGUGUACUUGUUUGAAAGUGUGUGUGAAAAACAAUUGUGUAGUUUUUUUAACAAUUUUUUUUUUUUAAAUGAAAAUUGAAAUUAUAAUAAUUUCAUUGAAUUUUUCGUUUUUAAUUGCAAUGUGAUUGUUAGCAAAA